AGUGACGUAAAUCGAAUAUUGUCGGUGCACAGCUGGCAGGCUUGGCAGCCUUCUCCACACCGUUUACAUAGAAACAACAACAUGACAAGGGGGAAUCAGCGUGACCUUGCUCGUGCUAGAAAUGCCAAAAAACAAGGGAAUGACAAGGGAAAGAAAGCUGAUGAUGGCAUGUCUGCAGCUGCGAGGAAGCUGAGGGAUGCAGAGAUAAUGCAACAGAAGCAGAAAAGCCAAUGACCCUAAGCCGGCCGAUGAGAAAGCCAAAUAGCAGGAUACAGAGCCAGAGCCCAAUCACAAAUAUUCUCAGAUACCCAGAUGUUACUCAUUAUUGAAAGAUGACCAGGUCUUGUUUUUGUCCCAUAAUCUGGGGUUUAGAACCAGUUUGUAAUUUUGUGAUGGUGGUAUAGUUUGGGAAAUGAAUAAGGACUAAUGCGUAAGCCUAUUUCAAUACACAGGUCAAAUGUUAAUCAGUAUUUACAAUGUAAAGAGCAGGAAUUUGAAACUCCACUACUUGGAAUUACAAAAAAGCUUGUAUUUUUGUAUUUCCUCAUCUAGAUUGUUACUCAACUAGUGGUUGUUUAUGGUUUCUAUACCAUGUUUAUUGCUUUUAUAUUGAGGAUGAACAUAUGCAGUGCUGUAAGAUUAAUCAAAUAAACUAAUGAAAGAUUCAAUCUGGGGAACUUUAAUCUAACAAAUUAUACCACACACCUCUGUACAGAAAGUUUAUUCAAUUAAAACAAAUAAAAUCAGCUGACAUAAAUACAGAAACC